UCACGUGACCUGUCAACAUGGCGGCCAGCAGCGUUUUCAAAGCAGGACUUUUCAGCAAUAAAGUAGCCAUAGUCACAGGAGGCGGGACGGGCAUCGGGAAGGCAAUCACUUCUGAAUUGUUGCAGUUAGGAUGCAGUGUGGUGAUUUCCUCCCGCAAACUGGAACGCUUGGAGGCGGGUGCCAAAGAGCUGUCCAAGCAAAUACCCCCCAGCAGCCCAGCGAAGGUGACCCCGAUCCAGUGCAACAUCCGCAGCCAGGACGAGGUGAAGAACCUGGUUGCCUCGACGCUGAAGCUGCAUGGUAAGAUUGACUUCCUGGUCAAUAACGGCGGAGGUCAGUUCUCCAGCCCAGUGGAGCACAUGAGCUCGAAGGGCUGGAAGGCCGUGAUCGACACCAACCUGACCGGAACUUUCCACUGCUGCCAGGAAGUGUAUAAUGCCUGGAUGAAGGAGCAUGGAGGAGCCAUUGUCAACAUCAUCGCUGACAUGUGGAAGGGCUUCCCUGGCAUGGCGCACACAGGAGCAGCCCGGGCUGCUGUGCAUAACCUGACCAGGAGCCUGGCCAUCGAGUGGGCGGCCAGCGGAGUCCGAGUCAACGCUGUGGCACCGGGAACCAUCAUUUCUAAAACUGCGAUGUCUAACUAUAAGGAGUUUGGUCCAACACUGUUUCAGAUGUCUGUAGCCUUCAGUCCGGCCAAAAGACUGGGAGUUCCAGAGGAGAUCUCCCCGGCUGUGUGCUUCCUGCUCUCUCCUGCUGCCUCCUACAUCUCAGGCGCGACGCUGCGGGUGGAUGCUGCUCAGAGCCUCUACCACUCCAUGUGGGACAUCCCAGAUCACAGUGCAUGGCCAGAGGCACCAGAAGGGGAGAACACAGACACUCUGAGGGAGAUCCUGAAGAAGUCCAAACUGUGAGGAGCGGAGCCCCGCCCUGGACCCACACACAGAACAGCCAGAAACAUCUGCCCCUUCCUACCACAUGAUACCAUUUAUAAUUCUGUUGUCUAAUUAUUUUUAUUCUAAUCUGUUUGCCUUUGUUCUCAGCAAUGGAUUUACAUACAUUUGUACUAAAUCCAGUUGUAUGCUUAGCCCACGUGCCAGUAAAGGAAAUCCUUACUGACUGUGAUUCACAGAAUGUAAAACCGAUAUAAACCUGUAAAUAAAGUAUUAACAGUUUGCA